UGGAAAACAGCGUUCGUCAUGAGACUGAGAGGCGAGAAGUCUGCUCGGCGACUUCGUCCACGCUCACUCUGGACGGCAGCGCGGCGCCCGGGCCCGCGGAGGAUCGGACGCCCCGGCCACCAGUCGGGCGGGCGACAGGGCGGAGCUGGCUCUGCUGCGCGCUCGCGACCCUAAGAGGCCGAGACGGAACACCGGCUCCUCAGAGGAGGCGGACGGAGGCCUGCGUGCAAGGCGUUCCUCUAGGAGACCCCCGCUGAGGCAGGGAGCCAAUCAGCUCUCUCCUUGCUGGUAGACGUCACGACCGGGCCCCGCCUCUUCCGCUAUUGCGCCUGCGCAGGCGGUCGCCUACCAGCCGGGUUUUGGUCCUUUGCGCGGGAGUGGCCGUCCCGUGAGGCCUUGCGAGGUUGGGCGGCGGCGGGCUUCUGAGGGGCGCGAGCCGAGCUUCCUGAGGAAUUGACCCGCUUAAGGUUUGUGCAGUUUGUCGCGCCGACUGGGCCGUCUCUGUGGACGAAUAUUUUAUUGACGCGCACACCGAUCGUUCAUCGCUGAAUGACACAGAAUCGCAGAGUGCCGCAGAUUUCAGGGUCCCUCCUCUGAACCUCUUGUUCCCGUCGCUGGAGUUCGCAGCGUGGAUUAUUCAGUGGUCCCUUUGCUGAAAAUAACAAACGCCUGAAAUACCUGUAUUUAAGGACUGCUCAGUCCUUUGGUUCAAGUCGGCGGUGGUUCUUAAGCCUCGUUUUCUCUGCACUAGGUUGGUCGUGUCUGACUUUGGUUUUUGCGUGAAUGCGGCAGUCAUUCAGGAUAAAUUAUUAUAGAUUCUAAAAAUAUUUUUCCCCCUUCUCUAUGGACUUAACAUAAAAUUAGUUUUGUAUGUAGUUGGACUUAUUUUCUAAAUAUCAACACCAUUAUAACCUUAUCAGUUACAAAAUUUUGGGUAGUUAAAUCAUGAGCUGUGGAAAAGAAUUUGUAGAAACAUUAAAAAAAAUUGAUUAUCCCAAAGCUGAUAUUCUUAAUGGGGAAGAUUUUGACUGGUUGUUUGUUGAAAAUGAACCAUUUUUGAAGUGGUUUUGUGGGAAUGUGAAUGAACAGAACAUAUUGUCUGAAGAGGAAUUGGAAGCUUUUAGCGUUCUUCAAAAAUCAGGCAAGCCCAUCCUAGAAGGAGCAGCAUUAGAUGAAGUUCUUAAAACCUGUAAAACUUCUGAUUUGAAGACACCUACCUUGAAUGACAAAGAGCUAGAGAAAUUAGAGGAUGAGGUUCAAACUCUGCAGAAAUUAAAGAACCUAAAAAUUCAGCGACGUAAUAAAUGCCAGCUGAUGGCUUCAGUAACUAGUCACAAAUCUCUGAGGUUAAAUGCUAAAGAAGAAGAAACCAAUAAAAAGCUGAAACAGAGUCAAGGAAUUCUAAAUGCUACAAAUAACAAGAUCAGUAAUGAACUUCACACUCUUACUGAUGGAGUUGCAAAGUUAAUGAUGUUCUUCAGACGGUCUAAUUUGGAUCAAGGAACAAAUCCACUGGUGUUUUUAUCUCAGUUUUCAUUGCAAAACUAUCUAAGCCAAGAAGAGCAAAGUACGGCAGCAUUAACCUUAUAUACCAAAAAACAGUUCUUUCAGGGUAUACAUGAAGUAGUUGAAAGUUCAAAUGAAGAAAAUUUUCAACUUUUAGAUAUGCAGGCACCAUCUAUUUGUGAUAAUCAAGAAGUUCUUGAGGAGAGACGGCUAGAAAUGGGUAGGAUGCAGCUGGCAUACAUUUGUGCUCAACAUCAGUUAAUUCACUUGAAAGCAAAUAAUUUGAGCCUAAAGUCAAGUAUAAAGUGGGCAGAGGAGAAUCUUCAUAGCCUCACUAGCAAGGCUCUUGGCAAAGAUAAUUUAGAUGCUAAAAUUUCUAGCUUGAACAGUGAAAUUCUGAAACUUGAAGAACAAAUCACUCAUAUAAAAGACAAAAUUUUGCCUGCUAUGGUAAAAGAGAAUGCCCAGUUAUUGAAUAUGCCAGUUGUAAAGGGAGAUUUUGAUCGACAGAUUGCUAAACAAGACUAUUACACAGAAAGACAAGAGUUGGUUUUAAAUCAGUUGAUAAAGCAAAAGGCAUCAUUUGAACUUCUUCAUCUAUCAUAUGAAAUUGAAUUGAGAAAGCAUUGGGACAUAUAUCGUCAGCUGGAAAACUUGGUUCACCUACUUAAUCAAAGUAAUUUGAUGUUCCACCAGCGAUUAGAAAUGCUAACAGAUCCAUCAGUAUCUCAGCAGAUAAAUCCAAGGAAUACCAUUGAUACCAAGGAUUAUUCUACUCAUAGGCUUUAUCAACUUUUAGAAGGAGAGAAUAAGAAAAAAGAAUUGUUUAUAACCCAUGGAAACCUGGAAGAAGUAGCUGAGAAAUUAAAACAGGAUGUUUCUUUGGUACAAGAGCAGUUGGCAGUAUCUGCUCAAGAACAUUCUUUCUUUCUGUCCAAACUAAACAGUGAUGUGAACAUGCUUUGUGAAGCUUUGUAUCAAGGAGGAAAUCAGCUUUUGCUUAGUGAUCAGGGUCACGCAUGUCCAUGGCAAACAGCCCAGCGCCAGAAAGAAGGCAGGACGAGGCCAGAGCUGUCAGCCCCCGGGACCGAAAGCCCUAUUGGUUGCUUGCGUCUUCCCUCCGGUGCCCAAGAGUGAAGACCUGGUUGUAAUAAGGAGGCAUUUAUCGGGGGUUGGUUUGGGGUGUGCAGCCCAGAUCCAAGCACUGGACCUGUGAGCUGCAGCCUACAAGGUGCGGGCUUAGAGAGGCAGCAUGUGGCUUGCUGACAGAAAAUGCUUCCCAAGGAUCUGGAUCGGAGCUGGAAGAAGCUAAG